ACCACGUAUUAUCUAAACUUUUUGUUUACAAUAAUUUUUCUCUUACUACGAAGUACUUCAAAAGUAACAAAGAAAAAAUAACAUAGCCAAUUGCAUCACUCUAGUGAUCACGAGAAUUUACGAAUAUAAUUUUACUGUGUUUAUUAUUAUCUGCAUCACUCUAAUCACUUUGAACAUACCAUACUGUAGCAUAGUUAAAUAUAGGCAAAAUACACUUGCAUAGCCAAAACUUUCACCUUUAUGCCACUUAUAGCCACAUUUGACGAAAUACCACUAAUAGCCACUUCCGUCCGAUUCCUUAACGCUGUUAACGUUAAGUGUGACUGGGCAAACGGAAGGGCUUACGUGUCAAACCUGCGUUUUACACGUGGAUAAAAAAAACAGAAUCCCUAAUUUUACCCUCCUCUCCGUCUCUCUCCUCUACUCUCGCUUCUCUUCCUCUUCGCCCCCAAUCAGCGGACACCGCCACCGUCUCUACCCCGAAUCACCUCCCCUCGACAAUCAACUCAUUAUCAACUCACCCGUAAGUGUAAACAUGAUCAGGCUUUUUCCGAGAAGCAGCAAUAGAAAACAAGGAGAAUGUAAGAAGACCACACCCGAAUGUCAAAUGAAAUGCAUCAGAUACCAAACCUGUAAAAAGAAACGAAAUGGAAGCAAACCCAAUUACUAACUCCAUAUGCAUACAAUCUAUUAUACUUUAGAGCUUCAAAAUUUCCAGAAAGUUGCAAAAUUUCUUACCGACACGGACACUAAUAAGCCCAAUCCCGAACUCGGUCGUAGAAUAAGCAACAUUGAGGAAAAUCAUCAGGAAAAGCCUCUUCAUUUUGCCGGUUGCCAUACCUUAUGGCCCUAAACGCGGAUACCACUGACAAUUUCUCACUCCUCCCGCCGGCGGCCGAGUCAUUGGAAUCGCCAAAAGCACCGCCCUUUUGGUAAUUGAAAGAGUAAUGUCGUCUCUCUCUCUCCUCUACUCUCGCCUCUCUUCCUCUUCGCCCCCAAUCAGCCGACACCGCCCCCGACUCACCUCCCCUCGCCGCCGCAGCAACGCCAAUUCCACCUCCAUUAUCUGCGCGAACCCCCUGAUUUCCGACUCCAGCAACGACAACAACAGCAUUCCGGGCGACGAUGCACCGGCCAAGAUCGACGAGUUCGACAACCUGGAGGACCAGACCGACACUGCCGCCGCCGUCAACGAAGACUGCGAUAUGUCUCGUACGAGAGGCUACAACUUAGCAGCCGGAGGUAGCGGCGGUGGAAACAAGGUGAGCAAUAAACCUAAUUGCUUUAUGAGACUAGUGAGAGAGAGAAGGGGCAAGUCCCCCACCACAAAACCAAAUCCCCCCAUCCCCAAAUAGCAAAACCCAAUCCGAAAAUCUAAAUUCCAUCCCCCAAUUUGCAGCUCCACAAAAAACCCCUCCAAUUAGUCGCUCAACCAACUUCCCUUAUCUCUGUAUUUCUUCUGGGUAUUGGCUCAAGUUCAACCUUCCAAUCCAUGUAGAUUGAAUCUAGGUCACAAAGAAUUGGGUUUUUGAGGUGUGGUCGUUUUCUGAAAAGAGAUGGGGAAGAAGGAAGACUCGUGCGAUCAGGUAAAUGGGGAAAACGUGUUAAAAAAAAUUAAAUAAUAAAUAAAUUAUUAAGAUGACGUGUCAAUUUUUGCUUAGUUGUCAAUGACGUGGCUGAUGAUUUGGCGCCUCGUCAGCCGACCGUCAAAUAAGUUGACGGAGUUAUUAACACCGUCAUAGUUUCUAACGGAAAUGGCUAUAUCUGGCACGCAACAUUUUUCAAAAGUGGUUAUUAGUGGUAUUUCGCCAAAUGUGGCUAUAAGUGGCACAAAGGUGAAAGUUUUGGCUAUGCAAGUGUAUUUUUCCUUAAAUAUAUGAUAGUAGGAAUAUACGGACUUUCAUUUACGACUUUCAACAUUGUGUGCCAUAAGAUACCACCCUCAUAGCAGGGUUGUAUGAGGUGGUAUUUUUUGGUACUGCAUUUUUUCUCCCAUAAAUUUGUAGAUAAAAAAUAUCAUGAUAAACUUGUUCUUUCUGUGCAAAUGUUUUAAAAAAAAGAUUUAAAAACGAAGGAGAUACCAUAAUGUAUGUAGUUUGGUAACGACAUAUAUAAAAAAAUUCUAAAAGAAUAUUGAAGAUAGAUCUCAUUUUGUAAACUACAACAAACUCGUUCCAUAUGUGGAAAAAAUAAUUGAAAUCCAAGUUAGAACAAAUAAAUUUCUCAUUUAUCU